CAUCCGAACACAUUCAACAGUCUAUAAAAGAAAAUGUGCUAUAACGUUUCUGUUUCAGAACUCUUUCAACCAGUUGAAGCGUAAGGUGCGAUCGCAAAAAAAAUAAGUGAAGACACAUAAAAAAAUAAAUUUUUGUAAUUACUGAAAUUUUUUGUUAAAUUUAAUUUUGAGUUUUUUUUUGUGACAAAAUAUUUUAAUGAAAAAAAGUAGAGAAAUUAUGGUGAAUGUAGAUUUAUUAAUGAUCAUCCUUAUCAUUGGAUUAACAAAUGUCCAUUGCAUGUCAAUAAUAAAGCGAAGUGAGGAACGCACUGAUAAUAAUCUUGAGAAAGUCGAUGAGUCGAUAUACAAAGUAGAUUAUGACGUAUAUCCGAUAGUCUUCCCAAAGCGCGCAGCAAUGCUCCUAGAUCGUCUUAUGGUCGCACUUCAUCAUGCUUUAGAAGAUGACGAUCCAAAGCAACUCCAAAAAAUUAAUGAAUUGUAUCGACAUGGUCAAUUGCCACAAAUAACUCCAACAUCACUAAAACCAAAUAUACAGCCAAAGUAUUAUAAAGGUAAAACAGACUCUGAUGCUUAUUAUGGAUAUAAAUUGGUAAAUGGACAAGCAGAUGAAUCAGAAGAUAUGGAAGGAAGAUCAAUGGAAUUAGGUAUCCGAAGUGGUGACUACGACAGCGAUUUUCCACUAAACGAUGACUCAAUGGACUUACAGCGAAGAGGCAACUCAGCGGGUCCAAAUCAAGGCCACGUCUAUUGGCGAUGUUAUUUCAACGCAGUGACUUGCUUCUAAAAUGAGUCAAGCAUUUUUUUUCUCAAAUGAAAAUUUUAACAAAAAAAAUUAUACUCAAUCCUCCCAUUUUCUAUUUGAAUUUAUCAUAAAAUGACAUUAAUAUCCAUUUAGAUGAAAAAAAAAAGUUAAGAACCUG